UGGUUCUGUCGCCCCUUAUAUCUCUUAUCUAUGGUUUUUGGCUUUCACUUUGAAAACAAUUAAAUUUUUUCCAAUCAUUUUGUACUAAUAAUUGUCUCCUAUAUUUAUUGUUCGGUCUUAUAUUCUAUUGAUUUACAGCUUCAAAACAUUUGAUUUUUGAGUUAUGUCUAGGGAAAUCCGAUUCUUUAAAUUUGGAAAACAAAGCUUGGAACAGGUUCGAUAUCUGCAUAGCUCUGUGCAAUGCUUGGCGGCAAUUGAACAAAAACAAGGCGAAGCCUCACGUACAAAAACUUUUUCAAUAUAUCGUUGGAAUCCAGAUCAACCAGAAAAGAAGCCGUAUAUGCAAGAGUACCAAGUUGACCUUAAGUCAUGUGGACCUAUGGUCUUAGAUGCUUUAAUUAAGAUCAAAAAUGAAAUUGAUCCUACCUUAACAUUUAGAAGAUCAUGCAGGGAGGGAAUUUGUGGUUCUUGUGCAAUGAACAUUGGAGGUGUUAAUACAUUGGCAUGUAUCAGCAAAAUUGACACCAAUCCAGGAAAAAGCACAAAGAUAUAUCCAUUGCCACACAUGUAUGUUGUUAAAGACCUCGUACCAGACAUGAACAACUUUUAUCAACAAUAUAAGUCCAUAGAACCAUGGCUUCAAAGAAAAGAUGAAUUAAGUAAAUCAGGAGGUGAACACCAAUAUCUACAAAGUGUGGACGAUAGAGCGAAAUUGGAUGGCUUAUAUGAGUGCAUUUUGUGUGCCUGCUGUUCCACUUCAUGCCCCAGCUACUGGUGGAAUGGGGACAAGUAUCUAGGACCUGCAGUCUUGAUGCAGGCUUAUCGCUGGAUUAUUGAUUCAAGAGAUGAUGCAACAGAGAAACGCUUGGAUAAAAUGAGAGAUCCAUUCUCUGCCUUUAGGUGCCAUACUAUUAUGAAUUGUACUAGAACCUGUCCGAAAAGUUUAAAUCCUGGAAGAGCUAUUGCUGAGAUAAAAAAAUUACUUGGUGGUGUUGCUAAAAAAGAUGCACCCCAAUUAGAAACAACUGCUUUGCAUCAAUAAGUUAUUAAUGAUAGUUUGGCUUUGUGCUCCUAAUUGUGAAUUCUAAGAAAGAUAAAUGUAUUUGUUGUAAGUGACACCUAAAAGUUUAAAGACACAGUAUUUAAAAAAUAUAUACAAGAUAAAAAGCAAUGUAAAUAAAGUACAUAAUUUUAACUA